CUUUUUCUUCCUCAGGGUAGUUUGAGGUGAGUUCUUCCUGCUGGACAUUCAGCCACUCUCCCGACAUGGUGUUAAUAUUUACCUGCUGGCUUAUGUGUCUGUGUGGUGCUCAGGAGCUCUGAACCAGUUCAGGUGAAUUCCAAAGAGUCAGCUGUUUUCCUCCAGCUGGGGUGUUGUUUUAAGCUGGUGAUGUAGGUGAAGCUGGGAUACUGACUGAAGAGGGAAACAGUUUGAUGUCUCUUUCGCCUCCGUCUCAGAGAGAGAUUCCUACGAUGGCACCAGAGUUACUGACUGUCAUUGUGGCCUCAGUGUCCUGCGUAGUGUUUUGUUUAGUGAUCCUGAUGCUGGUGGUGGUCCUGUACAGAAAAGAUCCACUCUGCUGCCGAUUCAGACCCUACAGAACAGAACAAUACACAGACGAUCCUCCACAUUACCACAGCAGACAUACGUUGAUGGCCGUAACCCAUGAUGAGCACAGUGCUGCCACGAACCGAGGAGCUAUCAGACCACAGCUUCCUGGAAGGCUGUUUAUCAUAGGGAAGCCAAAUGACUACCACAUGGAGGGGCCCCUGCCGAGACUGCCCUCCUACGAGAGCGUUCGUAAGAAAGACAGGCAGAGACAGAUCCACAGUCUGAUCGCACAGCGCUUCGGCCUCAGUGGCUCCCAUGAUGAGCCUCCACCAACAUAUGAGGAAACCCUUCGACAGUCCCUCGAUAUGUCAUCUGUAAAUCUGCAGUCUCUGGAUGUUCACCUGUCGAUUCACUCCCAGGAUGAGUCCUCCAACCUCAGCGAAGACACAUAUGACCUCAGUCAACCAUCCACAGUGCUCCAAGGCCCAGCUUCCUCCUCCUGCCCAACACAGAGCUCCAGGUUUCUGUCUCUCUGAUGGUCCCAGAGUUCUUUGCCAAGCCACAGCAUAAGGAAGAGGCCUACUGUUGUUAGAGCCAAGAGAGUGACGCCAUCAGGGACAAGAAAAGCCUUUCGGGAAGAGAAUGCUUGUUCUUUGAGGCAAAGCUGUUGAUAGAUCUUUGUGAUUCUGUUUGGAGGUAUUCUCAUGAUAAUGACUCUGACUCAAGCUGUACACUCCCCAGGAAUAAGAUAACAUAUCUCUGCAAUGGCCAUGUAAUUUCUGGCUGUUUUACUUUUGUCUAAGAAUGGUAUAACAGGAGAACAUUUUUUAAGGUUUGACCAAUAUGAUUUCUUAAGAAACUGAUUGGGAUAUUUUUGUACUGUGGUCUUUUACUGAAGGUCUACAACUUUAGCAGCUUUCACACCAAUUAAAUCCCUAAACCUCUGAAAUACACAA